AUGAUCCCUUCGCUUCUCCGCUCCCUACCAGUAUUUCUACUGUUGACAACCACAUUCAACGCGGAGGCCAAGUCGCCGAGUCUACAAGGUGGCAAGAUCACAUCCACGAGUGUCCAGGACAGCUCAGGAUCACAAGAACACGUUGGGUCCGUGGGCAGCGGUAGCUACGGUAGCAGCGUCGGUGAUGGAGCAGUCGGGGCUAAGCACAUCCUGCACUUCUCUGACGUCCACCUAAAUAUCUCCGAGUCUCUGGACAGCAACGAAUCUGCUGAGAUUCCAAUCCAGUACGGCUAUGACGCCCCUAUCAGUCUGCUGACCUCAGCGCUCGAGUACGCUAAGCAAGUACUUUCCGAUCCAGACUUCUUCCUGUAUACUGGAGACCAUGCAGUCCAUGGUGAUCCAUCGGAUGAAUACCUCGCUGAAGCAGUGAAAGUCAAUGUGGAGACUAUGGCCCGAUACUUCUCCGGAAACGGCACGCUUAACGCUACGGCCAUUUUGGGCGACACUGACACUAAGAACUAUACGAUGAGCGUCACUGACCCCUCCAGUGAGGAGAACCCGACGAUUGAAGCUAAACUCGUGCUGCUUACACUUAAUACAGUACCCUAUUCGCCGAAGCACAAGCCGGACACCACUAACGAGACUGAUCCGUUCGACCAGUUUGCCUGGCUGAAUGCCACACUCUGGGGUCUUCGCAACGGCAACAAGUUCGCGUAUAUCGCUGGCCACAUCCCACCGAUUAUCAAUGCCCAAGAUGGUUCUCCAAUGUGGAAACCUUCGUACAUCGAUUCAUACAAGAAGAUCGUGACGCAAUACUCGGAUGUCAUCAAGGCGCAGAUUUUCGGCCACACGCACAGUCGACCAAACUCGCAGCUUGUGCCUCUGUUCAUGUCUGCAGCCAUAUCGCCGCUCUUCUACAACAACCCGGCGUUCAUGGUCUGGGACUUUGACCCGAGCACAUGA